AUGAAGCCAGCAGAGAUCAGAUUCUCUCUAGAGAGACCUCUACAGCACAGAGAUCCAGACAUGACACCUACAAUCACUGCAGCAAUGACCAAUUCUCAGGAGCAUCUGACUCUGACCCACAAGCUCAGAAAGCCUCUGGUGGAGAAGUUACGCAGAGAGCGAAUCAACAGCAGCAUUGAGCAGCUCAAGUCUCUCCUGAGUCCAGAGUUCCUCAAACAGCAGCCAGACUCCAAGCUGGAGAAAGCAGACAUCCUGGAGAUGACAGUUUGUGUCCUGAGACGGCUGCAGCAGCAGAAUCAACAGCAGAGAAGACUGCUGAACCACAUCAACAAGCUGCAGUCUUCCUCUGAUAACAACCUGAGAGAGGCUGACUUCUCUCUUCUGAGCUCCACAGUCCAGACCAGCAUCACCAAAGAGAAGAGUCCAGUCCACAGCGCCGUCUGGAGGCCGUGGUAGACACCUCCAGACUGGAGUUACUACCAGACAAACUGAGAUGACCAUAUUGGUCAAAGAUUACUGGACUGGAGUCUUUGAAACGUUAUGGACUUGUUGUUCUUCUGUUGUACAGAAGGUUCUAUUUUCUGUUUCCUUAUUUCCUGAGGAAAUGACAGCAACAAUAUCUUUCAAGUUAAGAAAGAGAUCAUCUGGUCAUGCAUGUUGCAUGAACCAAAUCUGAUUACAUCAGCAAUUAUUAUUAUUAUUAUACCUCACUCUACAUCAUGUAAUGGUGGUAUAAGCUAUGUUAACAUCUGUUAUCAUUUGAUUAUUAUUGAUCGUUUCGAUCAGAUACUUUAACUGUCCUUUUUAUGGACAUAUUGUCACCAUGGACUUACCUCACUUUAAUCUCUCCGAUUACUCAGAACUGAUCUGUUGUUAGAUCCAAAUGUUUAUCUUUUUUCUAAAAGGUUUGCUAAUGAAUGUCACAAUUUUCCUGUGAUAAUUUUAUGACUCCCUCCAUGUCAUGUGUUGACAGAUGGAGAUGUUUAUUUCCUCUUGAGAUGUAUUGAUGAUUUUGAAUUGAUCAGAAAUAUUAUUUGUCCUUUUUAUGGACAUUUAAUCAUAAUGGACUUUCCCUCACUUCAUGUGAUUAUUGAAAACUGAUCUGUUUUAAGAUCACAAUGUUUCUCCUUUUACUGUAAAAGGUUUCUUUAAUGUCACACUGUCACAGUUUUCCAGUGACAUUGUUAUUGUUUAAGAUGUCUUUGAAUUCAGAGGUUACUAAGAACAAUGGGACCUGUUGUAAGGUCAGUUUUUAAUGAUUUUGUCU